AUGUCGGCUUCCGAUCCCACCUCUCUAGCAACGCCGCCAUCGUGUGUAGCGGAUUUCUGUCUCAUCCCGCUAGGCACACCCACGGCAUCCGUAUCGAAGGAAGUGGCCGAGGUGCAGCGACUUCUGAAGAAGUCCGGGUUGCAUUAUUCCAUGCAUUCGGCAGGCACGACGGUCGAAGGAUCAUGGGAUAAAGUCAUGAAGGUCAUUGGACAGGCACAUGCCAUGCUGCACGCGAACGGCGUGGUGAGGAUCCAGAGCGAUAUCCGGGUAGGCACGAGGGUGGACAAGAAGCAGUCGUUCACAGACAAGGUCGCUGCAGUUGAGGCCAUCUUGGGACGGGAUGAGCAACAAGCAAGCCCAGCAUCGUGA